GCCAUUUCUGUUACGCAACCGCGAAGCGCGCAAACUUCGGGAAACUUUCCUCUGCAUUCCUCCCCCCGAAAGAAAAUGAGGGGGGGGAGAGAGAGAGAGAAAGAGAGCGAGAGAAAGAAAGAGCAGCCCUUUCAGGAGCUGCUGAGAUCCGCCGGGGGGCGCAGACAAAGGCAUUCUCCUAAUCCGUGCGAGAGAUCUUCCCUGCGCGCGCACACUUUUUCCCCUCUUUUUGGAGCGUGCUUUUCCCCCUCUCCCCUGCGAGGAAAUGGGCUCUCCCGAUCUGCUCACAUGAUCGCCGAGGCACUUUCGCUUUUCCAUAUAUUGGAGGCGGGCGGAGUGACAGCUCUAGCCAGGGGGAGACCCGCCGUUUCCGUCGCGUGUGCGUCUCCGGCGCGCCCUCGGGGAGCCUGCGCUUUACGCACGGGGAGGUGUAAUCCGAAGCCGCCGGUUUAAAUAAAGCGCAGCCUUGCUGCCUUUUACCAAGGGAGAGGUUGCCAACGUCAGAUCUCUUGCGCUGCUCUUUUCCGAGGAGAUUUCUUCUUCCCUACGCAGAGGAAAGCGUUAACAGGAAGGAGGGAGAAAAGAGAGCAAAAAUGAUGAAUGGGACGCUGGAUAGCCUGUGCGACCACACACUGAAUGAAGACGAAGGGACGUUCAUGUUUACAUCGGAAUCCGUAGGGGAAGGACACCCAGGUAAGGAUUUGGCGCAGGCGAUUGCAGCUCGUUUUGAAAGGUUGCAAGGAGAUCCUGUAGCAUUUAUUUUUUUAGCGCGCGGGGGCGGGGAGGCAUACCGCGUGCGCGUGUCUAUAAAGCAUAUUUAACGUCUGUCCCCCUCACCCCCCAAAAUCUGGGAACUGUAGUUCACGCCGAGCUACAGUUCUUAGCACCCGCAACAAACUACUAUUCCCAGCGUUCUGUGGGGCGGAGGAAGUGCUUUAAACGUGCUUUAAAUUGAUGGCGUGCACGCAGACGAAGUUUUGGGUUUCUUUUCACCUGCUAUUGACUCAUGUGAGAGCUAAAAGCAGCCUCUCCGGGGAUGCCAUUGCAGACCCUGAUUCAUUCCCCAGGGGGCAUAGCUUCGAAAACCACUGCUAGCCACUGCAGUUCUUUCUGUCUUGCGAUUUGACCGUGCACCUUUCAGAACAAUCCCAUCAGGAAUGUCCAUGCCACAGCUUUGAUAGCGCCAGAUUUGGCACUGAUGGACGUGAUCCAGCCAAAGUUACAUGCUUCUAAAGGCUCGCUGGUGUUAAUGGCACGCAGUGUAUUCUGUGCAGUUUUCUAGGAUGCAAAUCCUGGCGAGUUCUGCCAAGCCUACUUCCAAGUAAAGGGACAUAAGAUUGCAGCCAGUUUGAAAUCAAUGGGAUUUAAAAUACUGAAUGUCUGCGUCUGUUGCAGUGAGACUCCCAGAGAACAAGAGCUGGGUGUGCACACACUUUAAAAAAAUUGUUAAGCUAGUGUAUUUUAUUAGGCCGUUCCUCUUGGUUCGUGUGUACAUAUUUUGGAGUUAUGCAGAAGAGCUCGUAAGCCAAAUGAUUCACCCUCCCAGUUAAAACUUCUGUGUAACUAUUAAAAAUAAAUAGAUCUGUAUGUUCCUACACCGAUAGAACUUGGUCUCUUUAGCUGGGGGCUGCAUUAAUCUGAUAUUUCAGUGGACCUUGUGGAAUUCUCCCACAUGCUUGCUAUAUCAUUAAACUGUAAAUCAUUCCCCAUAGCAGCUGGGCAUGAUGGCAGGACAUAUUAUCUGGCCUCGUCCUCUCUCUACUCAAAGCGACCGGUUCCUCACACCUCUUUCUUAAUUAUUGUAAAAGCAAGGCAAAUUGAAACUUUUUUUUUAAAGAAAAGGGAAUAGACAUUAUCUGUGCCAACAUUCCAGCUCAAGUUUGUUUUAUCUGGCAAGUCUGAGACUUGCGACGUGCUUGCAGCCGAUGCAAACAGAUAAAUGAUCUUUCAGACAAGGCCGGUGUAUGUGUGUGCAUGCAUGCGUGCGCAUUAGAGCUGUUUGAGGUACUCAGAGGUGUAUUUGGCACUGUAUAUCUUUCAGCAUGAUUCAGGCCUUUCCUUCUGAUUAUGUAACAGUCAGCAGAAUUAAAACAAAACAGAAGAACUUGUUCAGUUAUUAGCAUUCAGUUGGAUGGGGGUGAGGUCGCAGCAGAGUUUGCUCCCCCUCUCGAUGCAUUAACUGGAUAUCUUGUGCCAACUUCUUAUCUGGCACGUAACAACCUCUGGCGACUGCGGGAGAAUUCUGCCACUCCACAACAUCGAGGAGACAUUUUUUGUCCAGUUAAUGGGGCUGCCAGCACCUUAGGCUUCCAUCAGUUUUUUUCUUAAGUGGCAGUGAUGCCAAGACGCUGGCUGAUCCUGUUUCUUACAUUAUAUUUAUAGACACUAAGAUUGACAUUUGAACUUUUACGUUAAGGGAGGGGAACCUGUAGCCCUUCAGAUCUUGGUAGACUACAGUUCCCCAUCAUCCCUGACUGCUGGCCAUACUGACUAGAAAACUUGACAAAGGUUUCUGUGGUAUCAGUGGUCUCAGAUUUGUGAAGGUCCAUUCACACAUGUAAGUCAAAAAGUGAUGACUAUGAAAUGUAUGAUAAGGGACACGGAUGGCGCUGUGGGUUAAACCACAGAGCCUAGAACUUGCCGAUCAGAAGGUCAGCGGUUCGAAUCCCCACAACGGGGUGAGCUCCCGUUGCUCUGUCCCUGUUCCUGCCAACCUAGCAGUUCAAAAGCACAUCAAAGUGCAAGUAGAUAAAUAGGUACCGCUCCGGCGGAAAGGUAAAUGGCAUUUCCAUGCACUACUCUGGUUCACCAGAAGCGGCUUAGUCAUGCUGGCCACAUGACCCGGAAGCUACACGCGGCUCCCUUGGCCAAUAAAGCGAGAUGAGCGCCGCAACCCCAGAGUCGGCCACAACUGGACCUAUUCUUCUAUUUGAAAGGCCAGGUUUUUGUUCCCUUUUGCCAGAGUGCAUUGGUCUGUUUUGAGAUCCAGUUCCCUCUCUAGAAUCCCCAAGCUGUCUUUCUCUGCUUAAUGGUACGUCCAACCCUUGAACUCUCAAAUUAAAGCAUGUUUAGAUAGGGAAGUUAAACAUAUGCCCAGUUCUCUCCCACUGAAAUAAACAGGAUUAUUUAAAGUUUACAGCUUAGGCUGAGUUGUUUUUUUUAAAAAGAAGAAGCUUUGUCUAGAUUCGUGGAGGCUUCCAAGAUUGUCAGUGGAUCUUCUGAUAACUGGAGUUCAAUGGGAUUAUUUGGCCUUCUGGUCACAACCCCAUUUCAGCUCCUGAGUGAUGUGUUCAUGAAAGACUGUAAUGCUCUAGGGAGAACAUUGAUCUCCAGAAAGCCAAAGAAGGUAUACUGUAAUUUGGCUGUAAGAGUAGGUUUAGGACAGGGUUUCCCAAACCUGGGUCUCCAGCUGUUGCUGGACUACAACUCCCAUCAUCCCUAGCUAGCAGGACCAGUGGUUGGGGAUGAUGGGGAUUGUAGUCCAACAACAGCUGGGCAACACUGGUUUGGGAUAUGCAAGAGCUACAAGUUUAUUGGAUAUUUGUAUGCUGCUUUUCCCAACAAGAAAGCUGAGCUCUGUGUGACUCACAACAAUAACAAAGCAUAAAAAGACACAAACCACAGUUCCAUCAAUAUAAUCAAAAUAACACAGUGGAGUUUGUUAUCUGUCUGGUGUUCCCCACAUACACUAAUUCCCCUGUACAGUCUAUGUGUCUGGAUAGCCACAGUUUUGCAAGGUCCAUGACUACCCUCCUUUAACCUGUCACACAUGUCUCCUGUAUCUGGACCAGCUUGUACACCUCAGAGGGCAGGAUUUGGCCCUGGGGCCCCCUGUCACUGAUCCGUGGUGUGUGUGUGAGUCAAGUAGAGUUGUGCAAAAUCUACAGUAUUUUCCUUAACGAGAAAUGAGCAAACAGCAGUCAACAGAAGGAAUGUGCAAUUGUAUAUUUUUCCUCUAGUGGUUAUCCACCUUCCUUAAGGGAGGGGAGGGUUGAUAGUGAGUGACCAGGUGAAUGAUGCAAACCAAAGACAGGCAUCCCACUGGAUAGUCCAGUUUCUCCUGGGUAAGACUGGAAAAUGUCUACCACUUGCUUCUUCCAGAUAUAUAAACUGACCCAUUCUGCAAGCAAAACCAGAUGAAAGUUCCUAGAAGUGAAGACAUGCCUUUGUUGGGGGUGGGGAAUACAUUUAGGUCGUCUGUGCAAUUGGGGAACAAUAUUAUAUAGCGAAAAAGCGAAACUGGAUGAAACAAACUGCAACCCAGCAUAUCGUGAGCCACAAUUAAGACUGCAGUUCUUAAAUGCAUGUCUGGGAUUAAGUCCAACUGAACUCUGGGAGUUCUGAGAAGACAUGCUUAGGAAUGUGCUGUUAAAUCCUCUUGAUUAAUUACUUGCUAAAUUGUGGCCUAGUCUUUACAUAUCACUUUCCCCAGGCAAGUAAGUCUGUUUUACCCACACUUGGGACCAGGGUACAGCUUCGUUAUGCAAAAUUUCACAGCUGUCAGAUGAGGUAAAUAAUCACCCAGGUUUGGGGUUUUAGUUAUUGCAACAGAUUUCUGAGAAGUGCAGUGUCAACCUUGGAAGGCCCUUUUUGUAGCAGUGUAGCGCAUGUGUCCCAGUGACGCAACAUCAGAGAAAAGCACACAGCAAGUUUGGACAAACAUGGCAGCUAGGACAAAUGACUAGUCAGUGUCAUCUCAGUUGGCUCUGACAAUAUCAGGUUGUCACAUAAAAAAAAAAAAAAAAUCGGCGCUGUUAAUGUUUCAAUGUAAACACACCGCCCCUCCUUCCAGAGUUUAACAUCUGUUUGAAUUUCAUCCGAAAUAUUCCAAGUUUCCUUUCCUAAUCUAGAACAAAAAUACGAUGCCAUGCAUUUCAGUCCAUUUAACUGAAACUGUAGAAUAGUUUCCAUGACAAAUGUUAUGAACCCCAAACUGAUCAGUGUGAAAUACAGUGGCAGAAUCAGAAAACAGUUGCCGCAAACACACACUUAGAAUAAGAAUGUCUUUGCUAACCUCCCCUACGGUAGGAAAGGGAGAGAGAUGCCAGGUGGGUUUCUAUAGGGAUGGACUUCCAUUCUCUGGGGCCACCACUGAGAAGGUGGCGUCCCUUGUCCUGAAGGAGUUGUGUAAGGAGAAGAACAAAGAACAAGACCCUUUCUCAUGAUUUAAGGAUGGAACAGUUCAACACAGUGGUUUUGUCUAUUGUCGGGGAUCUCAGAAUUGCUUUUAAGGGGGGAGGGUCAAGUAUUAAAGAUGGAUCUUUUGAAAAGGCACAGUUCUUAAGUAUUACAGAAUAGCAGAAAAACUCAAAGUUCUCUCAAUCUCAACUCGGUCUCCCCCUCUCCAUGCUAUUGAUCACCUUCUCUCUCCACACCUAAACUCUGUUCCCAAGAUACAGCUAUUACGGCACUGCAGGGUCCUGAAAUUGCACCCCUCCCUGUCCAUUAUCAAUUAGCCUUGGUGAUAUCAGCUGGGUUUUUUGUGUUUGGUUUCUUUUGGCCAUCCCUGGAGAUGGGGUGGCUUGCCCUCCCAGCCAAUCAGAGAUUGGCCUCCAACCCCUCCUCCUCUACCCCCACCCCACUUGGCAGCCAUUCCAGAAUCCCUGCCUACCGUACAAACACUGGUUAAUCAUUAAUCCUGUGAGGAAGUGGUACAUGGCUUUGGGAAGUUCAUUAUCGCUAUGGACCCGUUUAGAAGUUGAAAGACUGAGCGUUCACGUCCACCCAAAUAAAGCCUGAUGCAAUCAUCACUCAAAUCGCUUCUAGAUUAAAUGGGCCAAUCUGAUGGAAGGUCACUUAGACGUAAGGUUGCCAACUGGCCAGGAAGAACAACUGCAAAGCUUCUUCAUGGCAUGGAGCUGAACAUGAUCACCUCUUUAGCUGAUGCAGAUCUCGUUGCUGUUAAAGGCAAAGUUGACAGGGCCAGUUUGUAAGCUGACUACCCAAGUUGAACUCGGGCCGAGGAAAGCAGAGUUCAGAGCCAAAUUGGGCUUUUAAAAAUUAACAUUAAAAGCAGCUGCUGGCGAAUUGAAGGAGGAUGUGGAUAUAGUCUAGCAUCUUGUAGGGGGAGUGAUUUUUAACCGGGAAAGGAAUUUACUCCUCUCCCCAUAUCCCUUAUCCUAGUCAGCCGUCCAUUGCUGAAUUCAAGAAGUUUUAAAAGGGAAGUAAAAGGGCUGAAGGUCUAAUCACAGUUCUCCCGGAUCCCAAGUGCUGUGGUCUUUAGCCACAAAGCACACUGGGUGCCCUCUGCUACAUACGUCACUUUCUCCCUAAUCUACUUGUAGGGAUUUUAGGUUAAAAUAGGGUUGUCCCCCACUAUUUGGGGUGAGGACAGUCAGGAUACUGGCAUGAAAAGGGGGAAGGAGAAGUAUUUCAGAACAUCUAAGGGUUCAAGCUGUAAGCAGCGCUUGCUUUGAACACUUCACAUUAAUAUUACUCUUAUUUUUAAUUCUUAUUAACUGUCCCUCAACAAAAGUUAUCAGGGAACGGGACAACUGAUAAUAAUACAAAGUACAAACUUCGGCAAUAAAACUACAAAAUAACCACAAUCAUAAUAUGCACGGUGUAUAAUCCCAAAACAAUACACAGUGUUUGUUUACCCUCAUGCGCUGAAUGGAACAGAUGUUUUUUCCAUAGGUGAUGAAAAAUGAUGUCAACAAGCAUCAAUAAGCAUAUAUCCAACAGGAGGGAGUCAUGAUUGAGAAAGCCCCACCUCAAGUCGCCAUGGCACAUACUUUGGUUAAGGAAAUGCACUGCUAGUAGGGCCUUUUCCUUAGAUAUUGGAGCAUGGCCGGCACAUACCAGGAGGGGAACUUCACCAUGCAUACCUGAACAGCAAAAAGUACUAGCUGGACCGGCCAGAAGGCUCACGUGCAUUACAAAAGCGUCCUCACCACACUGAUGUUAACCAGACAUGGGCACAAAAUGUCUGAAAGGCUAUGUAAAGUGCAGUCCUAAACCACGUCUGCUCAGAAACAACUCCUGUUUAAUUCACUGGGGCCUCCUCCCAGAUAAGCAGGGUUAAGAUCGCAGCCUUUGUCUUUGUGUACAGAACUGAUCCGAGAAACACACACAAAGAGUUUUAGCUGCACCACCAAGGACUUUGAUGCCACUGACAGGGCAGAGAAUCCUUGUACCUACCCCUCUGCCAGCUUGCCUGCCAGCCUGCUUGCCCACACACUGCUGAGUGUCUCUUUUCAACAUGAUCCAAUCUGGCUUUUUUCUGAUCCACAUGGAUUUGCUGUUAUCAAAAUAUCAAAUUCCGCUUCUGUUUCCCCCCCGGCAAGUCUAGAGCUUCUUCUCCAGUGAAAGUUUACAUCCUACCUUCUAGCCAGCUUCCUCUCCGGUCUCCUUAGCAGGUCUGUCGAUUUUGUAGAUCAGGCAUGUCUAACAGGUUGAUCGCGACCCACUGGUCGAUUGUGGGGUGUUGCUGGUCAAUCCUCUGGCUCCCUAAAAAAAAGUUGAACAACUCUGGUCCAUCCUCCAAUGACAAUGGGUAGAUCACUGCCAUCUCUUAUGAGUUGGAUGUGCAUGUUGUAGAUCAUGUCAUUUCUUCCAACCCGGACCCUGCAAUCAUCCUCUGAGGCCCUUCUUCAUGUGCCUUCUCCAUGAGAGGUCUGGAGGGCACCAACAUGAGAAUGGGCCUUUUCUGUGGCGGCUCCUCACUUCUGGAAUGCUCUCCCCGAGAGGCUCACCUGGCACCUUCAUUACAUAUCUUUCAGUGCCAGGCAAAAACAUUCUUCUUUUCCCUGGCCUUUGCCUCAUUGAACAAUCUAUGGCCUUUUAAGGAAGGGACGCAGGUGGCGCUAUGGUCUAAACCACUAAGCCUAGGGCUUGCCGAUCAGAAGGUUGGCGGUUCGAAUCCCCACGAUGGAAUGAGCUCCCUUUGUUCAGUCCCUGCUCCUGCCCACCUGGCAGUUCAAAAGCAUGUCAAAGUGCAAGUAGAUAAAUAGGUACCACUCUGGCGGGAAGGUAAACGGCGUUUCCAUGCGCUGCUCUGGUUUUCCAGAAGCGGCUUAGUCAUGCUGGCCACAUGACCUGGAAGCCGUCUGUGGAUAAACUCCGGCUCCCUCGGACUAUAGAGCGAGAUGAGCGUGCAACCCCAGAGUGGUUCAUGACCGGACUUAAUGGUCAGGGGUCCCUUUACCUUUACCUUAUGGCCUUUUAAACUGUGUGUGCGAGGAGAAUGGUUUUUGUUUGUUACAAUAGUAUGUACAGUGGUACCUCGGUUUACGAACAGCCCUGUUUACGAACUAUUCGGUUAAUGAACUCCGCAAAACCAGAAGUAGUGUCCCGGUUUGUGAACUUUACCUCAGUCUACAAGCAGAAACUGAACGGUGGAAGGGCACCGGCGGCGAAAGGCCUCAUUAGGGAAAGCAUGCCUCUGUUUAAGAAUGGAUUUAGUAUAAGAACGGACUUCAGGAACGUAUUAAGUUCAUAAACCGAGGUACCACUGUAUUCUUGUGUUUUUAUAUUGUAAACCACCACCCUGUGAUCCUCAGAUGAAGGGCAGUAUAGAAAUUUAAUUAAUUAACAACAAUAAUAAAAAUAUUAAAGAAGCAUUGAGUUAGCCCAAGUUGAAUCAGAUAUUGUCAUGCUUGGAAUUAAUCAGUCCAGUAUCAAGCAGCAUGCUGGUACUGUGAUCCAAGCUGGAAUAUCACGCAGUAAGUGUUCCCUGUUUCCAGCUAUGAAGUCAGGAUUCUGAGAAGUUGCUAGUCAGUUAAUAUUGGCCAACCCUCUCAAGUAACACCUUCUACAAUAUGUUGAUGAAUAUCUGGUGUCUCAGGUUGGCAACAGGGCAGAAAGAGGAGGCACUUCUCUCUCUCUUUUUUUAUCUAUGUUUUUUCAGGUUCAUACAUUUCACUAAUUCUACAAUCAUUUUAACAUUUCAAAGCUUGACUUCCUUUCCCCAUCUUUCUGCGGUUCCUUAAUUUUAUUUUUAAUAUCUUCUGCAUUUCCAGAUUAAUUUAAUUGCUAAUUUAUUCAUCUACUUUAAAGAUAUAAAACUGCAGGUUAUUACAAUAAUCCUGCCAAUGUUCUUAUCUGUUUACAAUUUUUCUGCAAAUAUUCCAUAAACCCUUUCCAUUCUUUUAUAAAAAGUUUGUUAUCUUGAUUUCUUAUUCUUCCGGUAUGUUUCACCAUUUCUGCAUAUUCCAUAAGCUUUUGUAUCCAUUCUUCCUUUGCUUGGACUUCUGCUUCUUUCCACUGUGGGGCAAGUAACAUUCUUGCUGCUGUAGCAUACAUGAAUAAGUUUCUAUACAGUUUAGGUAGUUCUAUCCCUAUAAUCCCCCCCAAAAAAGUGCUUCUGGGGUUUUUUGUGGGGGUUUUUUUUUAAACAAAUGUUAGUCUAAAUAUCCUUUUCAAUUCAUUAUAUAGCAUUACUGGGAAAGAUGGGACACUUCUUGAGCCUUUUUGACUAGCAGUUGUUUUAAGAAACUUUAAAGUCUUAUAUGUGUGAGGGUCUUGCUUUAUACCAAGCCAGACCACUGGCAGAGGCUCUCCAGAGAACCAGGCAGAGGUCCUUCCUAGGCCUCCCUGGAGACUGAGCAUGGGACCAUUCGUAUGUGCUGUACCACUGAUCUAUGGGCCCUUCCCAGAGUCGAAAGACUGGUGUUGUUUAAGCCAUAAAAGCUGCACGUAGCCCAGCUGCAAGACAAAUGCUCCACUCCCCAAGCUUGGCUGUCCACCACCACAAUGGAUGUCUUCCCAUUUAGGGUCCAGGGAAAUGGAGCAGAAGACCGGUUGGCCUCUGUUUCUGAGAGGCCAGAGGCCGGCUUUCUCGAGCCACAUUUCCUUCUGCUUUGCUGGGCUGAGGUGCAACCUCAGAAACAGGUCCUUUAGGGUAAGUGAGCUCUGCCCCAAGAAUGGGGAAUCUGGCCCUCCAGAUGUUCUUGGACUCCAACUGCCACCAGCCCCAUGCAACAUGACCCAACGGUCAGAGAGAUUGAGUCCAGCAACACCUGGAAGGCCAGAGGUUUCCCAUCCCUGCUCACUUUACUCUUCCCCUGCAUACUUCAGAUGACUUCCCACUGUGAAUUGGGAGGACUAGAGGAUCUCAAUCUGGGGUGGUGGUGGUGGAAUUCAUUUGAGACUUGCUCUGCCGGCAGCUGUGGCCUUAGCAGUAUCUGAUCUUUGCAGGCACAUUCCCUCUGUAUCUUGUUUCAUUUUUGUCUCGGCCGUGCUGGUCUGGUCACCGGUGGAACUGAAUUCUACUCCGAUCUGUCUUUGCUCCUUUAAAGCCUUAGAGCUGGGACAAUCUCAUGGGCAGGGUAGCUCGUCCCAAUAUUAUGAAAAGACGCAAAAUGAGAAUUGGGUUGUUCACCAUCUCUGUAUGCUCUAUAACAGACAUAUGAUUAGUAGCUUUUGGGGGCAAAUUGUAGCACACGGCUUGGCUUUUUAAUGGAUUCAAUUUGUUGAUUUUUUCUUAGGUGAGGGCUAGUGGCAUGCAUAUGAUAGAGCUAUAAAAUGCAGAGUAUCUAAACAAAACUUUCCGCUUGUCAAUCCCAUGUGUCGAAAGUAGUGCAUGUUUCUGGUUUCUUCUCUCAGUUGCCCAACUGAUCUCUUUCAGAUAAGAUAUGUGAUCAGAUCAGCGAUGCCGUGCUUGAUGCCCACCUGAGGCAAGAUCCAAAUGCCAAGGUUGCUUGUGGUAAGAGACUGUGUCUGAAAUGAUGGCUGCCCUGCACUUACCAGCCAAACAUAAUUGCCAUAGGUAGUAGGUGGCGUGGGGAACCCAUAUAUUGCAAGGACCACUAGCAGAAGUGUCAAAAGCAGUUUUGCGUAGCCCCUCCAAACUUUUCCCCAGAUUGUAUCUGUCUCCCUAUUGUCCCAACAGAACUCAAGGGGUGCCUGAAAAAUCCAUACCCUGCAUUCCAUUCCUUGGUCACACCAGAGUGUGACAAAAAUGGAACCCAGAAACUGGCAAAAAUGCAUAUAAAAGUAGAUCUCUACAAAGAAAUAUUUUGGGGUGGGGCCAGAGAAAGAGGUUCCUCACACCCAAUUUUGCUUUCAUUUCUACCCCUAUGACUUUAAGUUCUCACUCACUUUGGUUUUUGUUGUUUAAAUUAUGCCAAUAAAGGCUGAAGAUGAACAAUGAGGUUCUCACUUGAGAGGCUUUCUCUACCCGCUUGGGUGGAUAGAAAGCUUGGGGAGCAUAUCUGUUGCUUUGUUUUUUGCUGGGUGAUACUGGUCUAAUUACUAUUGAAUGAGUUGUACAGUGGUACCUUGGUUGUUGAACGCAAUCCAUUCCGGAAGACCGUUUGACUUCCGAAAUGUUUGACAACCGAGGCGCAAACGGCGGUUGGCAAAGUCAAUGGAGAAAAUGGAAAAACACGCAGCGGAAGCUGUUUGACUUCCGAGGCGCGUUUGAAAAUGAAAGCACUUGCUUCUGGGUUUUCGGCAUCCAAAAACCAAAAUGUUUGGCUUCUGAGAUGCUCAAAAACCGAGGUACCACUGUAUACCUUUAUGCCUUCGGUCCCUGGAACAAUCUCAUGAGAGGGGCAAGUCACUGCAGUAUGAUGAGCAGGCACAAAAUGGGAAGUGAGUUAUUCUCAGUGUGUAUACAGCCGUACCUUGGUUCUCGAACGGAAUCCGUUCCAGAAGUCGUUCGACUUCUGAAAAUGUUGGAAAACCAAGGUGUGGCUUCUGAUUGGCUGCAGGAGCUUCCUGCCCUCAAUCAGAAGCCGCAUUGGACGUUUGGCUUCCCAAAAAUGUUUGCAAACCGGAACACUCACUUCUGGGUUUGCGGCGUUUGGGAGCCAAAAUUUUCGAGUUUCAAGGUGUUCGUGAACCAAGGUACCACUGUAUAUACAUGCUAGAUAGUGAUAGGUACCCAAGAGCAAAUAACAUGCUUACUGUAAAUGAAUAUUCGAGCCAACCUAACAGAGUUUCCCCCUUGUUUUUCCUUCCCCCGCAGAGAGUGUGUGCAAAACAGGGAUGGUGCUGCUCUGCGGGGAGAUCACAUCCAGAGCGGUGGUGGAUUACCAGCAGAUCGUCCGAGACACAAUUAUGAACAUAGGCUAUGAUGAUUCAGCUAAAGGUUGGUGAUAAAACAAUGGAAUGAUGCUGGGUCACUGCUUGGCCAAAAAGCUGUAGAACUAGUCCCUCUCUGCUUGCCUGCUUACCCAGGACAAGGAAGAGCCUGAUGCAAUUGGUGCUGUGGAUUGCUUAGCUGCCACCAGGAGACAAGUUCCCAGCUCCUUUAAUAAGGAACAGGAAAAACUAUUUACUGGGAGGUUAAAGGUUAUCUCAGGGUUGAAGUCGUGGGUGUCCUUUGCACUGGGCCACUUUGUAGCAUUCCUGCUAUUCAUGGCAUACUUGACUUCUUGAGCCCACAAAGUUGUCAGGCCUUAAACAGGCUUUAAGACUUUUUACUGAGGCCAAGAUUAUAUUUUUACAUCAACUCAUGCAGUGCAAUUCAUCAGGAAGUGUGCUAGCUGGUGGCAGCUGGUAAUAUUAUUCUCAAUUUUUACCUGUUGCUUAAAUAUAGCUGAUGUGGAGGAUUGCCAUAGUUCACUUGGAAGUGAGUUCCAUGUGCGAAGUGUGGACACUUAAAAGUUAUUAUGGAGGGGAGGGGGGGAAAUAAAUGCACAGUUGGCAGUUUUGGUGCCAACCACACAUUUAGCAUUGCAUGUCAUUUUGCCCAUGGCUUGUUCCCAGUGCAUCAGAAUGCAUUGCAGUCAAUUUAUGCAUGCAAACAAAGCAAAGACGAAACAAUGUACCGUAUUUUUCGCUCUAUAAGACGCACCAGACCACAAGACGCACCUAGUUUUUGGAGGAGGAAAACAAGAAAAAAAAUAUUCUGAAUCUCAGAAGCCAGAACAGCAAGAGGAGAGGGAUCGCUGCGCAGUGAAAGCCGCAAUCCCUCUUGCUGUUCUGGCUUCUGGGAUAGCUGCGCAGCCUGUAUUCGCUCCAUAAGACGCACACACAUUUCCCCUUACUUUUUAGGAGGGGAAAAGUGAGUCUUAUAGAGCAAAAAAUACGGUAAAUCUGAAAUGAACAGGGCACCAAUAGAGCAGCAAAGCCCAGAAUACACAGGCACCUAUAGGAAAGUAGACUUCCUUAAGCCAAAAAAUGUAGACCUCUGUGUUUGUUUGUUUUUAGCAUGGGGGUAUGUUUGAACUAGUCAUUACCCUGGAUUGAGCUGGUAGGGUUCACACGCAGAAAUUAUUUAUUGUAGUAAUUCAUUUAAACCACUAGCACCUCUGUUUUAUAUGGUCAGUUUGCUGCUUUGGUCACAUGCAAGAGAGUAGCUUCUUAAGGAAACAAAUCAGACUCCCACUGAAACUGAAGUGGGAAGGAUGAAAUAUUGCAUGAGUAAGGCAUUCAUUUAUUUAUUGCAGUUAUUUCCCACCUUUUUCUCCAAGGAGCUCAGGGUGGCAUACAAGGUUCUCCCUCUCCUCCUUUAAUCCCCACAACAACUUUGUGGAGUAGAUUAAGCUGAGAGGCAGCGACUGGCCCAAGGUCACCCAGCGAGAUUUGGAGUCAUGGGAAUUUAAACUGUGGUCUCCCAGAUAUCUGUCCGACACACUAACCACUAAACCACACUGGCUGGGAUGGCUCAGUUGGUAGAGGAUGAGACUCUUAAUCUCAGGGUCGUGGGUUUGAAUCCCACAUUGGACAAAAGAUUCCCUGCAUUGCAGGGGGUUGGACUAAAUGACACUUGGUGCUGGAGGAGACUCUUGAGAGUCCCAUGGACUGCAAGAAGAUCAAACCUCUCCAUUCUUAAGGAAAUCUGCCCUGAGUGUUCACUGGAAGGACAAAUCGUGAAGCUGAGGCUCCAAUACUUUGGCCACCUCAUGAGAAGAGAAGACUCCCUGGAAAAGACCCUGAUGUUGGGAAAGAUUGAGGGCACAAGGACAAGGCGACGACAGAGGACGAGAUGGUUGGACAGUGUUCUUGAAGCUACCAGCAUGAGUUUGACCAAACUGCGGGAAGCAGUGGAAGACAGGAGUGCCUGGCAUGCUCUGGUCCAUGGGGUCACGAAGAGUCGGACACGACUAAACGACUAAACAACAACUCUUCAAUUCUGUGAUGAAGGGAGAGCUUGCUUCCCUGGGAUGUUGGCUGCAAUGUACAAGUCAGCAGCAGUAUCCCUUACAGGGUGUGCGGGGAAUGAUGGGCCUCCCAGGCAGAAGAUCUACUUGUGAGCAUUCCCCACAGAUGCAGCCAAUCAGCUGCCUUGGAAAGGCUCCAUUCCCCAAGCAGCUGGCCGGGGCAUCUCUCUGCCCCACGAAGGGGUGCAGUAGUGUGGCUGGGGACACGGGUGAGUUUCAAGUGUCCAAAGGGGACGUGUUGCAGCCAGAUCUUCUCUGGACUGAAGAACCCAGGCCUGUCAGCUCAUCUGGCACGCUGGGUUCCUUACUCAUGGACGACUCUGCUGUCGUUCUACAUGCCAGGAACGAAGACGGUCAGUUUCCCAUUCCUGGAAAAGAACGCAUGGGCACACAUUAAACCUUAGGAGCCCUGCACUUAGUAAAAGAACAUUUAUUCUAAGAGGAAAAAUUAUACCUUGUAGGGGGAUGGCUUAUGAGAAAGCAGCUAAGAAAAAGGGAGACUUGACCAUUUGUUCCCCGGCUGGAGUUUCAGAACAAAUUGGGGAGGGGGCUCCCCUUUUGUACUUCAUAAAAUAUCCUUGCCGCACCCAUUGGUAUCAUUUUUGAAACGCUGCUCUCUUUGGUCCCACUAAUGAAGGGAAAGCAAGCUUCAGAGUUUUUAACAGCACUGUAGAUCACUUUAAUGAUAAAAACACCCAACAUUUUAAUAUAUGAAGAGGGUUUCUGCAAUCUGCAUGGCUGCUCUCAUGUAGUAGAACUUGCUCCUUAAGGAUUAAAUUAUCUCUUAUCCAGGGGAUUUGUGAUUGAUUUCCCAAGUUGUUUUUUUUUAAACUGAUACCCAAAGAAGGCUGCUGUUUAGUUUUGAGCUGAUGAGAUGGGGAGAAGAAGCCGCCCUGUGAUGUUGCUUCCAGUCAGUGCAGACUGUACUGAGCUAGACAGGACCAAUGAUGUGACUUAGUGUAAGACAGCAUCCCACACUGGUCAGUGUUAAGCGCCACCGCCGCAACUUCUGCUGCUCUUAAUGAGUUGGCAGUUCCCCAAGGCUGAAUUUUGGGGUGUGGUUCUUUUGCUUUUUGUUUAAAGCCAGGAGAGCCAUUGUGGCGGUCCCAUGAAAUUUGUUGCAGAAAUUUGGCCUCAAUGUACUCUGCAAGAGCUAAAUGAGAUGUGGCGGGGGCAUCGUAUUUCUGCCCCACCCACAAGUAAAGUGGACCUUGGGGGCCUAAAUCUUUUACAGCAACUUGGCUGUGCCGGUGAGAGGACCAGAACUCUCUCUGCUGUCUUCCCUCACCUCUCUCCUAAAACCCUAUUCUCCAGUAUAUGCUGUCUGCAGGACUACAUAAAAUGACUCUGAUGUUUUUGAUCCAGCUCAGUCCUAGAGAGCUCAAGGCAUGGGACUUUGAUGAUUCUCCUUGGCUGGGUAAUCCCCCAGUUAGCAAACCUAUUAAACAACCUCUCUGCGUUUGGCAAACCUAGCUGAUGGACUUUGCCGAGAUGGCAAAACUGACUGGAAAACUCAGAAACUUUAUAAAAGAAUGAGGGAAAUGUAUAAGUUACUUAAAGGUAAAGGACCCCUGACCAUUAGGUCCAGUUGUGAAUGACUCUGGGGUUGUGGCGCUCAUCUCGCUUUACUGGCUGAGGAAGCCGGUGUUUGUCCGCAGACAGCUUCUGGGUCAUGUGGCCAGCAUGACUAAGCCGCUUCUGGCAAACCAGAGCAGCGCACGGAAACGCCCUUUACCUUCCCGCCGGAGUGGUACCUAUUUAUCUACUUGCACUUUGACGUGCUUUUGAACUACUAGGUGGGCAGGAGCAGGGACCGAACAACGGGAACUCACCCCGUCGUGGGGAUUCGAACCGCCAACCUUCUGAUUGGCAAGCCCUAAGCUCUGUGGUUUAGACCACAGCGCCACCCGUGUCCCUUAUAAGUUAUUUAGGAGACCACUGUAAGCAGAUGGAAACAAAAGCAGGGUUUUGAUUUCACUUGUAGUGUAAAAAUUACCAUGGAUAAUAUGGUUCGCUAUAAAAAUUGAAUAUGCAGUAGUAGAUAUUUAAAACGAGACCCCAUGAAGGGGAAGGGGGGAAGUCCUGAGAUUUGGAGAUAUUUUUUCUUAUUCUUUGUUUAUUUGUACUUUGUAUUUGUAAAACCAAUAAAAACUUUUUAAAAAAAGAUGGAAUGAAAUAUCACCAUUUUUAACAUUGCUCCUUCUGAGAAUUCUUUAGUCUUCCCUUCCUGGAAGGCCACACCCUCCGUAGAACUAGAACCUGUCAGCCCUGCUGGGGAAGGAUGUUUGCAACCUAGUAAAAACGUUCCCAGCGGUCUUGUGGGACAUGGCUUCGAAGGACGGAAGAGAAAGGCAAUUCACAGCUUCCAUUUCUCCUCUGCAGGCUUUGACUACAAGACUUGUAACGUUCUUGUUGCAUUGGAGCAACAGUCGCCCGAUAUUGCCCAGGGCGUGCAUCUGCACAGGUCAGAAGAAGAGGUUGGCGCUGGGGACCAGGUAAUCAUUGCGAGAACAUUAAAAAAAUAUUCCAUCUUUAUAUUUGCCAGAAGUAUUCAUCUUGGUGAAAAGUGCCAGUAAGCAGCUGGGGGUUGAUUUGCACCUUGCAUUUCAGGAUUCAGUCACCAGGAUUAUGAAAGCAAUUAUUGCAGGCAUCAGCACAUACAAGACUCAAGGCCAAGUCUGCCCCCACUUAAUGCUACCACCUCUCAAGUCUGAUGCAAGAAUUAGGAGCACAGAACUGAUGAUGAAAGUAUUGAGCUAGGGCUGGGAAGAUGGAGGUCAGGUCCUCACUUAGCCACGAACGGUGGUUGAUCAUGUUGCCCGAGCAACAAACCUUGGCUAAUACUGGCUAAUUACUAAUUAUAACUAAUAAUUUCUAAUUACAGUGGAAUCUUGGUUCCUGAACGCCUCCGUUGUCGUAUGUUUCGGUUCUCGAAUGCCAAAAACCUGGAAGUAAAUGCUUCUGUUUUCAAACGCUUUUAAGAACCCAAAAGUGCGAUGCAGCUUCCGCUGAGUGCAAGAAACUCUUGCAACCAAUGAGAAGCAGCUCCCCAGUUUUUGAACAUUUCGGAUUAUGAUUAUGACCACCGUAAGUCUCCAGUAUUCACUCUCUCUCCUCACAAGGAAAGAGAACAUGUAGAUUUCUUUCUCAGGACUUCCUACCGCUUGAGGGAAUACAAAAUAGCAUUUAUAAAAAUGAAACACUAAAGGGAGGAGCUGUAUCAAGGAGGAAAAAGGAAGCUGAUUCUAGAAUGAAAAAGGAGAAAGAAUCUUGUGAAGCGAAUUCUUAAAAUGCUAAUACAUGAAAAGUAGUCCUUGUUGUUGUCUUCUUUUUGCUGAUGGAAAAUAAUGGCUCAUUUCCCACUGCAGGGCCUAAUGUUUGGCUAUGCCACCGACGAAACAGAAGAAUGUAUGCCCCUGACCAUCAUGCUUGCUCACAAACUGAAUGCCAAAAUGGCUGAGCUGAGGCGCAACGGGAUCCUCCCUUGGCUUAGGCCGGACUCCAAAACCCAGGUACUUUCGUGGGUUUAGCCCAGAUUAUUUCUCUUCUGCUCAUAACUAGGGCCUAUCCAUUUGACCAUUCUUUGGCGUCAGGAGGCCUGUGCAUGUUACGUUUUUGGAAGUGAUUCUUGCUCUUCUGUGAGAACCAUGGGUUGGAGGAACGCGAGAUCUGUAAAUGGAAUGAAGUUCCCUCCUUUACCCAGCAAACUUCUCUAAAAGCCUCUCUGGAGGACUUGGGGACCCUCUUAAAUGGUAUGGGCUGGGCUAUGGGGGUGCUGCUGUGGGAAGAGGAUGUGGCCCCCCAAUGGGCAGAGACCCCUUGGUGCAAGCAGAGUUGUCCAUUUUUUUUGUAGGGAAGCCACUCAAAGUCGGGCCAAGCCCCAAAUGGGGGCACAGUUGUUGUUUUGGGGUUGGUUUGCCAGUUUUUGGGUGUGCUUUUUCUCUCGCCACCACCCUGCAGUUCACAACUGCUUCCUUCGUUCCCAGAUCACAGUUCAGUACGUCCAGAAAGAUGGCGUCGUCAUCCCAGUGCGUGUCCAUACCAUUGUCAUCUCGGUGCAGCACGACGAGAGCAUCUCCCUGGACGCCAUGCGCAAGGCCCUCCAGGAGCAUGUCAUCAAGGCUGUGGUUCCACCCAGAUACUUAGAUGACAAUACGGUCUACCAUCUUCAGCCCAGUGGCCGGUUUGUUAUUGGAGGACCGCAGGUAAGUAUGUGUUCACUGAUAUGUGGGUAAAUAUGAGGAAAUCUAUUAUUGCUCCUCUUAGGUUCUCCUGAAACACAUAUUUAUGUUAUGACUGGUACUUUCCCCCCCAAAUCAGAUCUGGAGGCAUACCCUCAAAAGGUACAUGCCCCAAAGAAAACAAAUAAAAAAUUCCCUCCAUCACAGCGGUUUUCAAGCUUUAUAAUUUCAGGGUACCAUUUCACAUUGUCUUAGCCAUUGAGGAAAAACUUGCAUGUCUGCCAUGGGACCCUUGUGUGUUGCCGAGAAUUCUGAGGGUGCUUUUAAGGAUACAUAUACAGUGUAAACUUGCAAUUAUUUUAUAUCAUUUAUUUUCACGUAUAUUUACUUAGGGCUACACAUAGUUCCUCCUGCCAACCUAGCAGUUCGAAAGCACGUCAAAGUGCAAGUAGAUAAAUAGGUACCGCUCCGACGGGAAGGUAAAUGGCGUUUCCGUGUGCUGCUCUGGUUCGCCAGAAGCGGCUUAGUCAUGCUGGCCACAUGACCCGGAAGCUGUACGCCGACUCCCUCGGCCAGUAAAGCAAGAUGACCAGUCGGUCACGACUGGACCUAAUGGUCAGGGGUCCCUUUACCUUUACACAUAGUUCACCGUAGUAGGCAGGAUCUUAAGUCCUAAGAUGAAGUGUUUCUCAAACUUGGGUUCCCCUGCUACUGUUGAACUACAACUCCCAUCAUCCCUAGCUAGCAGGACCAGUGGUCAAGGAUGAUGGGAAUUGUUGUCCAACAACAGCUGGGGACCCGAGUUUGAGAAACACAGGGCUAAAGAGAGGAAAUAUGUGGCAGUUUUCUGGGGCAUCUUCUUCUGAGACCUCUUGAUAGGUUGUUGUUGUUGUUAUCCAUUUUGUAGCAUUUUCCGCCUUUCCAUCUCAUUAAGAUUUAGAAGUGACGCUUGCCAUUGCAAUAUUGCAGGGGGACGCUGGAGUUACUGGACGCAAGAUCAUUGUGGAUACUUACGGCGGAUGGGGAGCCCAUGGGGGUGGGGCUUUUUCGGGCAAAGACUACACAAAGGUGGAUCGGUCGGCAGCAUACGCAGCCCGGUGGGUUGCCAAAUCCUUGGUGAAAGCUGGGCUUUGCCGCCGUGUCUUGGUCCAGGUAAGUUCUGGUUUUGUCCUCUUCCGCCCUUUUCUCACCUAGCAGCUGUCAACGGAAAUGAAGCGUUGUGGCAGAUUCGUGGCUGCCUGCUGCUGAAGCCAUCAAGCCCACAUUUCCUCCUCCUCCUCCUCCAUUCCUCCUGCUGCAGGGUCUGAAGUACAAACUGCACCGUAUCACGGCUAAAUGUUACCAGGCAGAGAGUGGAAGCAAAGUGUGUGGCUAUUGUUUCUGGGGGUAGUUGUAGCCCUGCAACAGCUACUUCCUGCUUGAGAGACGUGGCUUCCUGUGGGGAACUGCUAUAUUAAGGAUAUCAUUGAGGCAGUUGUAUCCGAUAGGUUCAGUAUAUAAGAAGCGGCUGUAUACAGAGGCAGGUCGGUAGCCCCUCUAGCCCUCUACUUACCUGAAUUCCUUUUCUUAGCUGAAUUCUUUUAAGCAUAGAGAUUGUAACAGUUAUCUUAGCAGUCUUUGAAACAAUUCUAUAGGGAAGUUCAGUACUGCAUUCUUGAGGUUCAGCUCCCCUCCAAUUUGGGUUUCCAGCUGUUGCUGGACUACAACUCCCAUCAUCCCUAGCUAGCAGGACCAGUGCUCAAGGAUGAUGGGAGCUGUAGUCCAACAAUAGCCAGGGACCCAGGUUGGAGAAAUGCCAUUUAGAGUCUGGACUUAAUGGAACGUGGGAAGUUGCCUUACACCAAGUCAAGCAAUUAGUCCAUCUAGCUUAGUAGCAUCUACACUGAUUGGCAGUGGCUUUCCAGGAAUUUCAGGUAGGAAUCUUCCCCAGCCUUACCUAGAGAUGCUGGUGAUUGAACCCAGGAGCCUCUGCCUGUUUAGCAGAUGCUCUGCUGUUGACUUGUAGCCUUUCUUCCAGUGCCCUUAGGGUGGGCUUGCUCUGGGCUUAAAGCUCUCAUAGGCAAUCCACUCAUCAGAUGGCAAUGUGUAGUGUGGUUCACUGCUCUACAGUGUGGUCCUGCGGUACUGCUGCUUUUAAAACCAGACGCAUGCGCCCUGCACACCAGUGUUUCUCAAACAUGGCUCCUCGGCUGUCGUUGUUUUACUACAGCAGCUCCCAUUAUCCUUAGCUAGCAGGACCGGUGGUCUGGGAUGAUGGGGGCUGUAGUCCAUCGACAGUUGGGGCCCAGCAGCUGGGAAACACUGCUUUACACAACUGAUGCAGUUUUAUAUUUUAUAUGUGUAAGUCUGUCACCACCUCAUGUUGUUGUGCCUUUGCAAGAAUGGAUUUCUCCAAACAAGUCUUUGCCCAUUGCUUCAGUCAACAAUUGCCACAUACACACAGAGAGGUCUAAUUGUUGUUUCUUUUCAUCUAUAGGUUGCGUACGCCAUUGGCGUGGCUGAGCCACUCUCCAUCUCACUGUUCACGUAUGGUACCUCCACAAAGCCCGAACAAGAGCUGCUAAACAUCGUACACCAGAAUUUCGACCUCCGGCCAGGCGCUAUCGUGAAGUAAGCACUUUUACAAGGGGCUUUCCCUGUUGAAGGAACAAAUUUACUGCAGUGCCCCCGCCACACUGAAGAUAUAAAGCAACCAGAAGUAUUGACUACUGAAUUUCAAACACCAAGAAAACAAAAUAGCAAAUGCACUUUCUCAGGUGUAUCAGCUUUCUCCACUCUGGUUGCUUCCAACUAAAUCCUGUUCCAGGAUAGUGCAAUAUUCCAGUAGGGAUCUAGUUCUCCUUAUUUAUGAGGGUUCAGCUGCUGCUCUUAAUGGGCUCAGAGUUGCACACCCAAAGAACAGCAGCAAGACAACAAAUGAGUUAUGCAGUCCAAGGCAGUAUCAUAGCAUUUUAAGCAGUCAUGGCUUCUCCAAAGCACCUUGGUAACUGUAGUUUGCUAAGGAUGCUGAGAGUUGUUAUUUGCAGCGCUACAAUUCCCAGAGUUCCCCGGGAGCAGAGCUUGACUGUCAAACCACGCUGAGAAUUUUUUAUUUUAUUUAUAUAUGGCCAUCAUCACAAGAUCUCAGGGCGGUUCAAGGGAUGAACUGUAGUUCUGGGAGGAGAACAGGGGUAUCCUUACAACUCAGAGCACCCUUAACAAACUACAGUUCCCAAGAUUCCUUGGGGGAAGCCGUGGCUGUUUAAAGUGGUAUGAUACCUGCUUUAAAUGUAUGAUGCAAAUGGGACCUUAUAUUUGCUGCCUGGGAAGGCUCUAGCUCCGUGUUUCCCAAACUUGGGUCUCCAGCUGUUUUUGGACUAUAAUUCCCAUCAUCCCUGACCACUGGUCCUGCUAGCUAGGGAUGAUGGGAGUUGUAGUCCAAAAACAGCUGGACACCCAAGUUUGGGAAGCACUGCUCUAGGCUCUUCCUUUGCUGAAAGGUUUGCUGUGGGCUGUGCAGUUCUUCCAGCCAGGGAAGGGAGACCUGGCUUCAGAUGUUAGAGAAUCCCAGUAUUGCCAUCGCUGACUGGCAGGGCUUUUAGGUGCUUCGGGCAGGAGUCCUUCUCAUCCCUAGAUGGAGAUGCAGGGGAUUGAACAGGAGGUAUGUUGUCUACCACUCAGCUACUGUCAUAGACUGGCUGGAUGUAGAGGAGUGAAGGUAGGCACCAUCUGUGGAGCCCUCAAGGGAAGAAGGCUCAGAGUCCAGGGACUGGUGAUGGGUGGUCAGAGGGAGAAGACUGGGAGGAGAAGGAGGUGUCAGAAGCUGAAGAGGUAACAGGGCUUAGUGCACUGAGUCUGGCUGGUGAAGAGGCAUGGAUGUCUCCCCCUCCUGCUGUGACAAGCUCCCCUCCCUGCUGGUCUCCCAGCACCAGGAGGGGUGUGAAGCGGGAGGAGCCAAGGCAGGCAUGCCAGCACAGUCUCAGAUUGCUUGGGGAAAGAACAGAAGGCAGGGACCUUCAGUCUCAGCAGCUGCUUCACAGGGGCGAGGCUUACCAGAGAUGAGUUGCUGUGCUCAUUAGGCCUGGACACUCCUGUGCAGAUCCUGGUUUUUCUAGACUUAACUUACUUUGUGUGAUUUGCUGCUGGCCCACUCCUGUCAGCUACGGCUCCUCUUUAAAGGCCCAGUUCCUUCAAAAAAGCCAAAAUGGGCCAUGAAGUGAAUGACACUAGGUGUAUCUAGGAUACAUCACAGAAAGUAAACAGAUGCUAAUGUAACCAGAGAGAAAGGGGGGGGGGGACCUGUGUGUGUGUGUGUGAACGGGCACACACAAAUUCACACCAUAUCCAUGGCAGCUGCUCUGCCCAACACAUAUGUGGCCAGUAGCUCACUAAAUAGGCAUCCUAGGCUUUUAAAACAGCUGUUCUUUGCAGCUGCUAUUACCUAUUACGCGUCUCUGGUAUUUUGGGCAGCCUCUGUUCCAUGCGGGAAAAAUUAGCGCGCCCGUUAUCCAGCUGCACUUAAUGACUUCUUCUUUCUCUCUUUGAAUAAACCAGGGAUCUGGAUUUGAAGAAGCCCAUCUAUCAGAGGACCGCCUGUUACGGCCACUUUGGGAGAAGCGAAUUCUCUUGGGAAGUACCUAAGAAACUGGCCUUUUAACAAUCAACGGUCCCAACCCCUGAGCUUAAGGGGAGAGGACUCUAUUAUGAAAGGUGCUUCCACUGACCAUCCUCGAAAAUAGAAAAAAGUUGUUUUCAUGGAAAUCGACGCUGUUUGUACUCUCGACAUCUCAGCACACGCACAUACAAAAGAUGUUUCCUAUUGCUGCUAUUUUUGUUUCGUUCCACUUAGAAAAGGCACAACAUAGGACUUCGACCCACAAUCAAAACGAUGGAAUACCAACCUUCAGCCCAACUUCUCUCUGUUCAAAUGGGAAGAAAAGAUUCCCUCAGGUUCCAUAAGCUUCCUUACUACAACUGGACAAUUAGAAAUUAUGGGGUCUAAUUUCCUUUCUGCAAAUAUUUGGUACUGCAAAUAUUCCCUGGACUCUUGGUGUGGAAGAGGAUUUUGGGGCCUAUAUUCGACACAUAUUACCCAAAAGGGUUCUGUCAGCUUUUCUUUCAUUUAUCUGCUAUUCUCUUUCUUUUUCUUCUUCGUUUUUAAAAAAGGAAACUCUUUUCUCUUUUAUAACAGCCUCGUGACAAAACAUUUUAGAUGGGUACAUGGCCAAUGCUGUUUAUCUAUGAGCUUACAUAUUGGUAAAGUUGCCUCAGCCCAUUCUAGGCAGGGCUGUUUUAUAUGCAAAAUGUUAGACUGUUGCUUACAAGCCCCACGCCUCACCCCAUUGGCUGAGCUGCUGUGAUUUCAGGGAAUGCUUUAGCAGGUCAGGGGAGGAACAUUUGGCUAAGAUGGGAUGCAAAAGCCAAGCGGGAAGGAGUUCCAGAUGGGAGACAGCUGACUAAAAUAAGGAAUACUAGGUCAGCAAGCCUUUUUCAAAAACUCUCCAACUGCUAGAAGGAUGUUAUGAGGAUGAAAGCAAGCCUUUAGCAGCAAGAGAGUACCCUAGACCAAAAAGGAAGGGGAACAGGGCCGGCCCUGUGUUUCGACGGGGAAGUGUCAUCCUUCACUGUGUGGAAAGGUGUAAAUGAAGACAAGAGUCGUUGGCCAGGCAGUAUAGAUUUGGGAUCCUCUUCAGGCAGAAAAAUGUCUAGCACUGAAUGGAAGAUGGAGUAAGACCUCAGUUGAGGAAGUGCAACAGAUAAGCAAGAAUGCUUUGGGUUUUAGAAAGCUACGUAUCGAGUGAGGUGGGCGGGCAAGUGGUGGGGCUGAAUUUAGCAUUGAUAAGAACCAAUCAUCCAGGCUGGAUGCCCAUAGUUUUGCCUUUCAUGGUGCCAUUGAAAGAAGGAGGGUCAGAAGUGCAGUUCCCCCCCGCAUCUCAGCGUUAUCCAAUUGUACUAGAAUAGCCUUCUGUCCGGAUUCUUGACGGAACAGCAGCCCUCUCUGGAAUGGGAUCUGGCACCUCAUGCAUCAGCAGUUCAGGAUCUUAAUCUCAGUAUUUCACUGUGUAAAGCAUCAUGUACACUGAUGGUGCUAUAUAAAAUUAAUUAUAACUGUAAUUUAAUAAUAAUUAAUGGCUGGCACUUAACCCGAUCUCAACAUCCUCAUGUGCACAGUUUUCUAGAAAUGCUGUUUUUGUCAACAUUGGAAAAACUUGAUAUCCUAUCUGUGCCUUUGUACAGGCCUCUCUUUACAUCCAAUUUGAGUUGUUCUUCCCCCCAAUAUAUACACUUUCCCUCUCCCAAGCGAUAGCCGCAACAAUUUGUAUGUCAAAAUGAACGGCAUUAAAGCAUUCUGCCCCUUACCACUGUAGGCUUGAAGAACAUUUGAGCGCAAUAACAGGCACCGGGUCAUCAUAGUUUGGAUACGAAACAGGGAGAUGGACUUAAUCCUAAUUUUUUCAAAGUGUUUUGAGAAGUUCUGAGGAGAAACUGCAACCCCAGUGUGGAGGCAAUGGUUGAGACACCCACUAGAUGGCAUUGUAACCCAUAUUAGAUGCAUCACAUUCUGCAGAACAACCCAGUUUAAUAGUGGAUUGUUUCCUCUUCAUAAUUGGCAAUGUUAAGAAACACCAGCAGCUUAAAAUGACAACAAGGCAGCAGGUUUUGCAAAAGGCGGAUUCUUUAGUCUGUCAGCAAUAGCAGAAUAAUGAGCCUUAAGUAGAACGCUGCUUUUAAAGAAAAGAUAGAGGUUUUCCAGCUGAGGUAAAUUUAUCACCAUGCGCCUCACUAUUUUUCACACACCUCAACUGGCAGAAAUUGCUAUUCUUUCCUAGAAGAAGGAAAAGCUUUAGUUUUCAGAUCUGGCAACAAGAUUUUGGAAAGCUUAUUAUUCGGGCCCCACAGGGCAACCCUCUUGUCAACAGAGAAAGAGGAAAGCACGCCUUCAGGCUGCAGCUUGAAAUUGGUUUCAUUGUGAUCUCUUCUCCUGGGGGAAAUGUACUUUAGACUACGAAGGAGCAAGCAAUCUCUUAAACAAAACUGUCGGCACCCUCAGCAAGGCUUCUUGGAGGUGGGAGUUGAGGAAGCUGCCAUGGCAAUUAUACAAACAAAAGCAGUUUUGGCCCAACCAACUCUCCACACUUCGGUUCUGUGCUCCUUUAGCCAUCAUCGCAUGUCUCCACAAAGAAUUGUAGUUUAGUUGAACCUAGGAAGCCGCCCUUACAGUCAGGUGUUUGGUUCACUUAGCUCAGUACUGGGAAUACUCCAUUGCAAAUCCCUAGUCCCUUCUUCCCACCCACAAAGCCAAUUUCCCGCUUCCCUAGAAGACAGUCUUAAGACUGCUAUCCUCAGCCCACUUACCUGGGAGCAAACUCCCCAAACACAGUGGGACUUUUGAGUAAACAUCUGUGGGACUACAACCCUGCUCACAGUAUAAACCAUUGUUUUCAGCAAGGUGUGCUUCUGAGUAGAUAGGCCUUGCAUUGCAUUGCAGACUUGCAGUGUGGAUACGGUCCUCAAGAUUCAUUCUAGGAGGCUAGUGCUUGCCAACGCGUUUAAGAAGAGUUUGGAUUUGAUAUCCCGCUUUAUCAUUACCUGAAGGAGUCUCAAAGCGGCUAACAUUCUCCUUUCCCUUCCUCCCCGACAACAAACACACUGUGAGAUAAGUGGGGCUGAGAGACUUCAGAGAAGUGUGACUGGCCCAAGGUCACCCAGCAGCUGCAUGUGGAAGAGCAGAGAGGCGAACCCGGUUCCCCAGAUUACGAGUCUAUCGCUCUUAACCACUAAACCACACUGGCUCUCUAUUUAAGACACACUUUUCUUUCAUUUCUGCAUAUUUCCUUUCCAGCCACUUGGUGAUCCAAAUAUAAUCUUCCCUAUACCCACGAGGAUCGUCCUCGGGGAGAAAGCAAAACAAAUGUUGAAUUUGCAGAAGUGUUUGUACUUAAUGCCUCUUCUGUGUUUUAUGCAAUGUGCUGAAUGCAAGGGGGUCAAGGAAGGGAGUGGUAAGAGAAAGAACUCAGGAGGGAAUAUCAAAUAGCCGCUUUCCAGAACUGUGAAGUAUCUUGAUUCUGCCAAAGCUCAGCAACUCAAAAAACACUGCAAACGUUUAGGCAGAAUCUUGCUAGCAUCACUGCUUGGUUUAAGAAAUUAUCACCUUGUUUUAAGAAAGUAUAGUCACUUCCCUUUGCAAACUGCAGAGGGAGCUUGUGCCUUUCAAAAAGAGGGAGAAGAAUAAAAGUCCUCUUAACUCUUCUA